AUGACUCUACCAGCUCGCGACGACAGUGGUGUCUUUGAAGAAUUUGAGAUUCACCGUCGGUAUACAAACAGUCAUCUGAGACACUAUUUCGACUUCCUCAACCGGCACUCAAGCGAAGACCGUCUUCCUGGUCUCUCCGAUAGGGCCUCAAAGGAGACAUCAAAAAUAUUGCUAUUGAAGGACAUCUCUACUAGCGCUAUUCAAGAGCUCAAAGUUCUCGAAAAUAUCAUUGAAGAAAUCAUCAAGAAAGAGAAACCUCUUGCGAGUUUAGUGUCUCCAGACAUACUUUCAUGUACGGUCUUCUGUCUUGCAGUCGCCUUCGCCUUGCCCAAUUCACCACUGUCGGUAGCUUUCAAAACAGGGACAUUUGCUGGGUCUACGUUUCUGACUAUUCGUUUAAUCCGAAAGUAUCUGCAGCGGAGGCAGCUUGUACCUCUCCAGCGAGUUGAUUUUAUAUGUAUACUUCAGGACUUACGCCUCGAAAAUCACCCAACAAAAGUACCUCUCCAGCACAAGGUUCGAGGACUCAUCCGGGCGUUCAAGAAUGGCACAAUUCGGUACAGGGACUUGGACGAGGCAUAA